UUGAGAAAACCAGCCACAUUCUAGUAACCAAAAGCAAUUACCGUAGUUACACAGCUAGCUGUUGUUGGCAGUGCGAGCUUUCUGGUACAGCUUUAGGCUUGAUGUUUUUCUGACGGCGCCAGGGAGGGCACUUGGGGUCUACGUCUCACGACUGAGUGCAUAGCAGACUCUGUGCUGCGCGUACUGGCGUGGGUGCGUAGGUGGAAAGGUGCUGGCCAAGCAUACUCCGCAAGAUGGCGUCGACGGAUGCGGUGAUCUUCACGGUGAAUGGCAGGACGCACGUCGUCACCAACCCGUCGCCAUGGCUGACUGUCAACGAUUGGCUGCGCGACCAGCCCGGCCUGAAGGGCACCAAGCGCAUGUGCGGCGAGGGCGGUUGCGGGGCGUGUGUAGUCAUGGUUACGGAGACGAAGGGCGAAGCGCUCGAGCACAGAGCUGUGAAUUCCUGUUUAUAUCCCGUUUGCGGCUUGCACGGUGCAGCGGUCACAACCAUUGAAGGUCUUGGUGGGUCCAACUUGGGCAAGCUGCAUCCGAUUCAGGAGCGCAUGGUGCAGCACAACGCCUCUCAGUGCGGUUUCUGCACGCCCGGCAUGGUCAUGAACAUGUACAGCCUGCUGGAGAGCACUGGCAACAAGGUGUCGGCUGCUGAAGUCGAGCACAGCUUUGAUGGCAACAUCUGCCGCUGCACAGGCUACCGACCUAUUCUGGACGCUAUGAAGUCACUGAGUAAGGAGGAGGAGCCUGUUGACAUUGAGGAUCUGAAGCCGACCGGGUGCAAGGGUAAUUGCCCGGGUUGCCCACGUGUGGCGAAAGAGUCCAGCUUGCACCUGGUCAGCUUUCCUGAUGGUGACGACGGUCCGUCGGUGCAGUGGUACAGGCCGACGACUGAAAAGGAGCUAGUGUCCAUCAUGGCGGAAUCCACGCGCGUGUCUGUGCGCUUUGUUGCCGGCGAUACUGCCAAAGGUGUGUACAAGAACCUGCCACCGGCAUCCGUGUACAUUGAUGUGACCAAGGUGGCCGGCAUGAGUGACAUCAACCUGGCCAGCAGCGGAGAGUUGACGAUUGGUGCGUGUGUGACGUUGUCGGUGCUCAUCCAGUUCCUGGGCAAGAACAUGUCCAGUGUGUCCUACUUUGGGGAGUUGCUAAGUCUUUUGAAGCACAUUGCCAACACACCUGUCAGGAAUUCUGCCACCUGGGCUGGCAACUUCAUGAUGGCACGACGUUACUAUUUCGUUUCCGAUGCCCUGACGGCAUUUGCUGCACUCGCCCCAACUUUGAGGAUUUUGCGUGCUGACGGCACUGAGGCAAGCAUCUCCAUUGAAGACUUUCUAGUGCUCAACGUCGCCAAUGUGGUGAUUCAGUCCAUGACAAUUCCAGCUCCUGCGCUCAACUCUGUGUAUGCUGUGCACAAGGUCAUGAAGCGACAUGAGAACUGCCACGCCUACGCCAAUGCUUCGUUCCACGCGGUGGUCAAUCCGGACACUGGCGUUGUGACUGAGCAGCCGCGUAUCUACUAUGGUGGAGUGCAGAGGACACUGUACCGUGCUGCUGAUGUGGAGACGUAUCUUGUGGGCAAGUCUGUGCUGGACAACUCUGUGCUGGCAGGUGCAGCUAACACACUGCUGGCGGGACUUCCACAGACACCGAUGGCAACGUCCGGCAGUGUGGCCUAUCGCAGUCAUCUGGCCGAGAAUCUCUUGUACAAGUUUUUCAUUCAAGCAGCUGGCAAGCAUGCCUCUCCACGCAAUAUCUCCGCAUUGUCACCGAUCCGCACGGGCACAUCAUCUGGCACCCAGUCAUUCGACUCCGUUCCCGCUGACUAUCCGAUGACCGAGAGUGUGCAGAAACUGGAAAUCAGAGCCCAGGCCACUGGUGAGGCUGUGUACAUAUCUGACCUACCCAUACUGCCAGGGCAACUGUAUGGAAAGUUUGUACUGGCUACAGAGGCUCCUGCCAAGCUCGACUCAAUCGACAGUUCAGUAGCUGAGUCAAUGCCAGGUGUUGUGCGAUUUAUCUCCGCUGAGGCCAUCCCUGGUCGCAAUUCCUUUACCCGUGCUAACGAAGAGGUAUUUGUUGAUUCAGAAGUGCAGUAUGUAGGCCAAGCCAUCGGCAUGGUCAUAGCCGACUCUGAGUACAAUGCCGAGCGUGCAGCCCGUGCAGUAGUUGGCAAGUACACGAGCACUGGUAAAUCGAUCACCAGUAUGAAAGACGCAAUCGCUGCUGGCUCGUUUCACACUGGAGCCCCAUCAGCCCUGGUCGUUGGAAAUGCUGAUGCUGCAAUGGCUGCUUCCAAGCGUCGCAUUGAAGGCCAGGUGUCGUGCGGCUCUCAGUACCACUUUCACAUGGAGACACAGUCUGCACUGUGCGUGCCGCUUGAGGAUGGUAUGGACGUAUUCAGCUCCACGCAGAACAUUGCCUCAGUGCAGAGAGCUGUGGCUCAGUCCCUGGGCAUACAUGCUGGCAGUGUCAAUGUGACAGUCAAACGGCUGGGUGGUGGUUUUGGAGGAAAGAUCAGCCGGGCAUCUCAGAUCGCUGCAGCCACUGCACUGGCUGCCAAGGCAUGUAACAGACCUGUUCAGGUGCACAUGGAUAUUGACUCAAACUUGCUGAUGGUUGGCAAACGCUAUCCAUGGAUGAUGGAUUACGAGGUUGGGUUUGAUGAUGAUGGACUGAUCAAGGCAGUGAAGGGCACAGUGUUUGCAGAUGCUGGUUAUGAUGGUUCAGACGAUACUAUGGAUGGUGCUCUACUGUGGCUGGACAAUACCUACAACAUCGCAGCAUGGAAUGUGACACCGAAGAAAGUCAAGACGAACACUGCCAGCAACACAUACUGCAGGGCACCAGGUUCCAUUCCAGCUAUGUUCUUCAUGGAGAGUAUGGUGGAGCAUGUUGCCAAGACUCUCAACAUGUCGCCGGACCUUGUGAGGACGCGUAACUUCUACAAGAAGGGCGAGAAGGACAUUGCCGGACAGCCGCUCACCUAUUGGAACGUGGACACGCUGUGGGAAGAAUUGUCACAGUCGGCUGAAGUUGCUUCUCGCCAGCAAGCCAUUGAGGUGUUCAAUAAGGAGAACCGCUGGAAGAAGCGCGCAAUGUCGCGUGUGCCGACCAAGUUUGGCCUGGACUACUUUGGUGCACCAUUCAGUGCUCACGUGGCCGUGUACGGUCCGGACGGCACUGUAGCCAUCAGCCACGCCGGCAUUGAGAUGGGACAGGGCAUUAACACCAAGGCUGCACAGGUGGCCGCUGCCACGCUGGGCAUUCCGGUCAGCAUGAUACACAUCAAGGCGGCCACGGCACUCAACGCGGCUAACACUGCCGAGACUGGUGGUAGUAUAAGUAGUGAGUUGGUAUCAAAAGCAACCUUGGUGGCCUGUACCGGGCUGAAAGAACGCAUUGACACCAGCACGGCACACAUGCCAAGCACGGCGACAUGGCUGGAGCGUGUGCGCUUCUGCUCCGGUAGCGGCAUUGACUUGAGCAACCGUGGAUGGUAUCAAGGUACCCAUACGAACUCCAACCCGUUUGCAUACAACUGCUAUGGUGUGAUGUGCACCGAGGUUGAACUAGACAUUCUGACAGGAGAGACGAACGUUGUGCGUGCUGACCUACUCUACGACUGUGGCAGAAGCGUAAACCCAGAGAUUGACGUUGGACAAGUUGAAGGUGCUGUUGUGAUGGGUCUUGGCUACUGGCUGUCCGAAGAGAUCCUGUAUGAAGAGCAGACUGGUAGUAAUCUGACACACAACACAUGGGAAUACAAACCACCAAUGGCUCUGGAUAUUCCACAGGACAUGCGUGUUGCACUGCUCAAGGACUCGCCCAAUCCACUGUUUGCACUCAAGUCUAAAGCUGUGGGUGAACCACCGCAGGUUAUGACGUGUUCAGCUCUGUUUGCCGCCAAGCACUGUAUUGAAGCGGCAUUAGAGGAGUUCCACCCCGGCGGAUCUCCCUACUUUGGGCUGGAUGGACCUGCCACCCCGGACAUUCUCCAGGUCAUAUGCCAGCCGUCGAUACAGAGCCUGACAGUGUGAGCUGGAGGACUUCACCGUGUCAGUGUUGUGUGUUUCCCUAGCAGUUGCACCUCCCUUAAAUUUAUUGUUACUUACACCAUUUUAUUCUAUAUCUAUGUUUACCUAUGCACCGAGCUCUCCACAGUACACAGGAUGGAGCAAAGUGCUGCUGCUUCUUGCCGGAGGAGGUAAUUUUCUCGCAGUGCAGACUUUUCAUUUUGCUGGUGUGCUGGACACAUAAUGUUUUGCUCAAACAUAUAGCUCGAUAGCUUUGGCUAGUGAUGUUCAAGUUUUGUUGCCUAAUCUUCUGUGCUAGCAAUGCGACAAGACCAGGAUGUCUUACUGUAUGCAUGCUAUGCUAUUACUAGAUUCUAUUUGUAUUUGUAUUUAUGGAUUCUCCACAGGCCUUAGCCUAAAUCGAGGGAGUCUCCGUUCUACCAGUAGGUAGUAGCUGCUUGUGUCAUUGCUCUGUCUGUCUGUGUUGGAAUAACGUUAGCCUUAUCGCACAUUGUCAGCGGUAGGGUAGUCUUUGUGUCUGUUGCAUCUGUUCUCGCCUUGCCAUUACGUAUUCUCAUAUUUUCCCACAUUCGCAUUUCCACUGCAGGUUAGUCCAUAGCUAUUAUUCGCCUUGCUCCACUUUGUUCUGACUACCACCGGUGAGUGGAAAUUGCCGGUAUUAGCUGAGCAUGUGCUGCAUUCACAACACAUGCACUAAUCUUAUUUUCAGUUUUUUUUGGUGUGCUGGACACAUUUUUUACUCAAUUGCUUUGCUAAUGAUAACGUUAAUGAUUAUGACAAUUAGGAUUGUGCUCAAGUCA